GGGAGCUCUCAGGCCAGAGGGCAGCUGCGGCGGUAGAGCCGCGCGUGCGCAGACCGGGAAGCGAGUUAGCGAUUCCGCUCCUGCGGUGAUUACGGUUUCCCCAGAACAUUGGGGGCGGAAGGCCAUUCCUGAGGUCAGGUGGUAUAACCUCCAUUUUACAGAUUUGGAAACAUGGCCAGAGCUGCACGGUCCUGAGAGCCCCUUGCCAUGAGUACCUGGGGUCUGUUCCGUUUUCCCGCCCCACUGACCAGAGUGUGCCCGGUGCCCUGGGGACUCCGGCUCUGCGAGAAGCUGCUGCUCCUGUCCCCAGGAACGGUGGCCACUCUGGUGCAGGCAGCUGGCAAGAAGGACCGCCCUGCGCUGCUCUCCCUGGACGAGCAUGAGCUUGAAGAGCAGUUCGUGAAAGGCCACGGUCCAGGGGGCCAGGCAACCAACAAGACCAGCAACUGCGUGGUGCUGAGACAUGUGCCCUCGGGCAUUGUCGUCAAGUGCCACCAGACCAGAUCCGUUGACCAAAACAGAAAGCUAGCUCGGAGAAUCCUGCAAGAGAAAGUGGACGUCUUCUACAAUGGCGAAAACAGUCUCGUUUGCAGAGAAAAACGCGAGGCAGAGAAGAGAAAGCAAGCAAGAAAAAAAAGAGCAAAGGAAACCCUCGAGAAAAAGAAACUCUUGAAAGAACAAUGGGAAUCCAGUAAAAAUGUGCCCGGAGAGGACUGCAGGUUCUGACUGAAGGAACCAGCCGACUGGCCUCCAGGGUGGCAGCUUUCAGAGGAGUGUAUGUGUGCCGGGCCCCAGAGACAGCCAAGUCUCUAAACGGCAGACAGACUGUCACGAAUAGAGAUGCAGACUCUGAGAAUAAAACUAUAUAGAAACCCAAGGAAGUCAUUACUGGAGAAAGAACAGGGGCGCUUUUGGGGGGGAGGAAAGGUUACGGUGAUGGGAGGCUUGGAGGGCCUCCAGGGCAGCUGCAGAGUCCUCUUGACCAGGGCGAUUCUUUACCAACUGAGCUAUGAGGGAAGCCAGACUGCACGCAUCCCAGUAAAAUGACUUGUAAGGAAACCAGGUAAGGCUCUUCUCACCUGGCAGUGGCCUGGUUUGGAAGCUUAGCUCCAUGCAAGGCUCUGGACCUCUGGCUGCAAUGUGCAGGGCCCUUCCAAUCUCCAACUUCCUUUUAGAAGGUAGCCAAGAGAAGCAUCUGGAAUGGUACACAAGAGACAGUAACAGUGGACAGGAAAUUUGGGGGAGCUUCAGACAAGAGGGACAGGCGCUUUAAUUUCUAUCUCCCUUCUUGAAUUUUUGUGAAUUUCUUAUUAUGUCCAUGAAGGAGAUGAGCAGACAAGCCAGCUCCCUAAUACCCACCUACUGGCCUUUAGAGCUGUCAUGGCUAGGGCCUGGCCUCAUACCUGUAAAACUGACCACAUUCCUCCUCUUAGUCUUACCUCUCGCCACAGUAAACCCUCAUUACAUGGGGAGCAGUGCCUAAGGAACACAGGAAGGAUGACCUCCAAGUCCCUCUGGAAGGCACUCCUGGGGUUCCUGUGGUUCUCAGGACAUCCCAGGCAGCCCACUUUUCCCAGCACCGGGGCAAAUAGUUCUUACCAUCUGGUGAGAACAGGGUAAGUAGCUGGGGUUUAGUAGCUGCAUUAUAUGGGGGGAAGAAAAUGCUCAUAGGAUAAGUUCCUAAACACAGAAUGGCCUAAGGGAGGCGAGCUCAGAAACGGCAGGAUCAAGGGCUUCCCUGUUGGCUCAGUGUGAAGAAUCUGCCUGCCGAUGCAGGAGACACAGGUUCUACCCCUGAUCUGGGAAGAUCCCACGUGCCACAACCAUCGAGCCUGUGCUCUAGUGCCUGGGAGCCGCAACUACUGAGCCCCUGCACCCUGGAGCCUGUGCUGCUCAAGUGAAGCCACCGCAAUGAGAAGCCUGCCACCGCCAACUGGAGAAAAGUAACACGGCCUCCACUCCUCCUCCUUCACUUACACCUGCUGUCGUUAAGAUGCAUCCACUGUGCAGCUUCACCCGAUCCUUGCCUUCUGACUUACCCAACACAUCCCGUCCCUGGCCCGUUGUGCUACUGACCCUGUCACACACCACAUUCCUGGACCAGGUGGGAAAAUGCCCUUUGACAGGCCUCUCCCACCUCUCGCUGAGGAGCUGUUUUUUUAAAAACAUCACCAAGAAUUCAAGGAACCCACAUCUUAAUACAAGCUGUUAAUGAAAAUAAGCUUUAUUACAUCAAGUAAUAAAUACAAAGACGCAAACAGUUCCAUUUUCUUCCAGAUGUUUGGGUCAACCCUCAGAAAAGGCAGAACUGAAAUCUACAUACAGUCUUAGGAAAAAUUUCAGGGGUCCUUGUUAGGUUUGGUUUGGGAGGUUGCUCUUUUCUUCUGUAUUUAUAACUUGUGCAUUUUAGAAUGGACUUCAAAGCACUAAUAAUCAUGCAAAUAUGCUUAAGCAAAAAAGAA